AUGGGGUUUAAACGGCUGGCUAAAAGGACUAGCCAACGCUGUGUGGUGCUGCGGUUUCUGAAGUCCCCCCCAAACCAGAAUAAGACUUCAGAGGAAAUACUACACCAUCUGCAAAACAUCGUAGACUUUGGAAAACAUGUCAUGAAGCAGUUCUUUGGGGAGAACUAUGUUCACCAUGGGGAAAUUAUUCAGCUGCCUUUGGACUUCGUAAGACAGCUCUGUUUAAAAAUUCAGCCAGAGAGGCCAGAGUCUCGCUGUGAUAAAGAUAUGGACACUCUUAGUGGUUAUGCAGUGUGCCUUCCUAAUCUUACCAGGCUGCAGACCUAUCGUUUUGUGGAGCACCGGCCAAUCCUCUGCAUAGAGAUUAAGCCGAAGUGUGGCUUCAUUCCUUUUUCCAGCCAUGUUUCACAGGAGAUAAAGCACAAGGUGUGUCGUUACUGUAUGCAUCAGCACCUAAAGGUAGCGAAUGGAAAAUGGAAGCGACCCAGUAAAUACUGCCCAUUGGAUCUCUUCUCAGGAAAUAAACAGAGAAUGCACUUUGCUUUGAAGAGCUUAUUACAGGAGGCACAGAACAACUUGAAAAUAUUUAAGAAUGGGGAGCUAAUUUAUGGCUGUAAAGAAGACCAGGACUGUGUCUCUGACUGGAACGAACUUGCUCGUCACUUAAAACCUUUCUUUUUUCCUUCCAAUGGGUUGGUCAGUGGACCACACUGCACAAGGACAAUUGUUAAAGAACUAAUCCACGUUAUAACUAUGACGCUACUAAGUAGUACUGAUGCCUGCAGGGCAGGUGAUAUGAAGACAGUUCCUGUUUCACAAGGAAGAAGCUACUGUGAAGCAAGUGCUUUUAAUAAGGAACUAGUAAGAAAUGGUAAACAUAAAUUGGAAAGCUCUGGCUUACCGAGGGGUUGUCUCCUUUAUAAAACCCUUCAGGCUCAGAUGCUUGACAUGCUGGAUAUUGAAGGACUCUAUCCUUUGUACAGUAGAGUUGAACAGUACUUAGAGGAAUUUCCCGAAGAGAGAAGUACGUUACAGAUAGAUGGACCUUACAAUGAAGCAUUUUAUGAGAAGCUGCUAGAUCUUUCAACUGAAGAUGACGGGACGGUAGCGUUUGCGUUAACAAAGGUGCAGCAGUACAGAAUAGCAAUGACUGCUAAAGACUGCUCCAUCAUGAUUGCCCUUUCACCCUGCCUGCAAGAUGAAUGCUCUGAGCAAAGACCUGUGGUACUAACGUCCAAAUCCAGAUUCACCUUUUCUGUUUCUGUCCUGGACCUCGAUCUAAAACCGUAUGAAAGCAUUCCUCAUCAGUACAAACUUGAUGGCAAAAUAGUAAACUAUUAUUUGAAGAAUGUACAGGCCAAAGAUGACCCAGUUAUGUCCAGUCUCUUCAAGGAGAAUGAAGACUGCACAUUAGUUCUCCAUACAGUGUAACCGUUUCCUUAAGGUUAUUUUUAUUCGAACACAUUAGAAAGUGAAAGAUUAAUGGAAUACAAUUAUGGUGAUUUUUUCUCUAUUGUGUUCAGUGCAUUUUUCAGCUGUGAAUGUUUUGCUUUCAGAAAUGAUUUCUAAUUGGUAUGCCUUUUCAAAGACAUGGAAUAGCACUAAACCAUGCAUUUGCUAUAUAACCUUAAUGAAUGUAUUUAAUAUGACAGAACAGAUAACGUGCCAUACCUUGGAACUAGAGGACAGAGCAAAUUAAUACUAAAAGUCUACUUCCUUAGAAUUGAAAGAGCACAGAAGUAAAGGUUUCCUGAAGUAUUGCACUAACAUAGAAAGCCUAAUUACUAACAAGAGAAUUGCCUUGGAGCUUGUGCUUUGAGUCUCACUCAUACCUACUGGGAAGAGGGAAUGCUCUGACAAAACCUAAUACAGAACUUUAGCAUUACAUCCACUGAAAAAUCCAACUGAAGUGGCUACUCAAGUGUUACUGAUCCGUGGAACUACCGUGUCACUGCGGAACACUUUUAAGUACUAAUGCAUGACAUUAAGAGCACCAGACUGCCUCCAGAAGUUUUGUGCUCACCUUGUAUCUACCUAAAGCUUCUGAAACUAAGUGAAAAGGGUUAAAGGUAAGCAUCCUUGAAUUUUAUGUGAUAGCUGGGCUUA